AAAUAUUCUCUAGAGACAUUCUGAUUUUUUUUUGGAUUCAGAUUCAUAGCCAGGUGCUAAUUAAAUUUAUUUAAGCCCUCUUGAAUUAAAUCUAAGAUGUGAAUGCCUCGAUACGAGGGCCAAAUGAAGCGUGCCCAAUAGAUUUGCCGUUUAGGGCAUGGUUUUGGGUUUGGGCAUUCGGGGAAAUGAGUUGACAGUUCGAGUUAAAAAACCAGAAAACCUAACCACACCAGAUUGGAUCGGUUCGGCUUCACUAAACACUUCAAAAUGAAAACGAAACAAACACACGCACCAGCCACAAAAAUUGUGGUUUUAACUUAAAAGUAAUUGGCAAAAGCAUCAACAAUUUUUAUCACAAAACCCGUCACUUGAACGGCGGACUAUGCCAAAUGGCUUGGACAUAACUUUUGGACAUAAUUAAGCCAUCAAGCCAAAAUCUUGGCCAUUUGCGUUGACAGUAAAUAGUCGCUGUGUUGGACAACAACCCCUGCCAUACAGUAAACAGUCAUAUGAAGCUAAUUAAUUAAAAUAAAAUGGAAAAAAGUGUUGACGUGCCUUGACAAUCUCUGUUUGGUUUGUUUGAUUGCAACAUUUAAGAGAUGAUCGAGUCAGGUAUUUGAUCAGACUUGGAGAAGUUUAAUCAUUUAAUUUUUGUAAGUGACAAAGCCUUGUGAAAAUUCUAGAAGCCACCCUUGAGGAAGACCUGAAUCCCUGGCAACGUCUCCACCAUGGAAACCAACAAACUACUUUAAGUGAAACCCUAGAUCGAAACCUUUGAUGAAUAGUUUUUGGCCAAACAUUCUAGAAUGCAGUAUUCCUGGCUGCCACAAGAGCGGAGGGAGCCCAUUAUCCGAGAGAAGCCUCCAGUGGUCAUAUCCUCUAGUAGAUUUGCUCGCAUCCAGCGGAAUGCCUGCCAGGCAGCCAAGCAGGAGAAGCUCCAGCUUCAAAGUCUUCGCGAUGAGGAGCAGGAGAGACUACGCAUUGGGGGCGAGGAGCUGCUCAAGAAGUUCAAUGGCCAGAAUCUGUGCAUCACCCAAGAGGAGGAGUGUGCCCGGGAGCUGAAGCAGCAUGAGGAGCAGAUCCUGCAAGCCAAACGGCAGGCGGAGAAGGAGACUGAGGCUGCUCGGCUGGAGCAACGGGCGACCAGACAGGAAAGAAUCAAGGCUGCCCAAAAGCUGUUGGAGCAACUGCGUCCAGGACCCCGGGAACUGCAAUGUGCCAGGCUGCAGAGUGAGGUCCUGCGGAGCGUGAAUGCCCAGCGGGAGGUGCAGGAGGAAUAUUCCAAAGCCAGGCAACGGCAGGCAGAUAUGGAUAGGAAGGUGUACCAGGAGCAGGUGCUUCGGGGCUAUGAGGAGGCUAAGAAACGGCACAUGGAACGCUGCCAGCAGCUGGAGGAGCACAAAAGGGAACUCCUGGAGUCUAUUGUCGAGAGGGAAAAGCAACGUAAAGCCACUCAGGCCGAGGAGAUGGAGCAGGCUCGCCAGGAGCGGGAUCGAAACGCAAAACAAUUAAAGGAUCAUCAGGAGAAGGAGAAGGAACUGAUGGCCUCUAAGCAGCGUCAGAGGAAAGAGGAGGCUCUCGCCUCUCUGGCCAUGUCAGAGCAAUGCCAUAAGCGCCUCCAAAUGCUCGAGGAGGUGGAGCAGGUCCAGUGCGAUGUCCACAAUGAAGCCAAGAGGCGGUUGGAGGGCAUGAAACGAGAUCGGGCCAAGGAGCGAGUGCAGCAGCGAAUUCGGCGAAACGAAAAACUUGCCAAAGAGCUGGCACCCCGACUCCAUUACAGUGCUGACGAGGACCUGGCCCGACACAGCCGCCAGCUGGAGGAGAUGCGCAAAGCCCACAGUGCCGAGCAAGCCAAGAAGAGACAAGUCCGGGAGCAGGUCAUAAACGCCCGAUUGGCCAUUCAGAAGCAGGAGGCGGAGCAGGCCAGGAUCAGUCGGAAGCAGGCAGAGGAGGAGCGCCUGAAGGCAGUGGAGCUGCGACUGCAGAACGACCUCACGAAUGUCAAGUUCCAGCGGCAGCAGCGCCAGGAGCAACUAGAGAGGAUGCGGGACUUGCGCCGCCAGCUGGAUGAGCAGGUGAAGCGCCGACACGAGGACGAAACCCGACCGGAAACCAACUACAAUCGGGAGGCCCAGCUGGAGGAGCUGCGCGAGGACGCCUUCUUCUUCGAUUAUGCCCGCCAGUUGAUGGACGAGGCCAGUUCGAAGGGCUGCCCGCUGAAGCCCCUCAUCCGGGCGGUGGGUCAGUACAAGAACGAUAACCGCAUUGGGGCUGAGGUGCGGGUGCCCCGUCACCUGGUUACCCGACUUCCCAUGGGAAGACGCACUCAGGGCGAUAGCCAGGCGGAGGGGAAGACCAAACCUCCGAAGGAACUGGAGCCGAAUGCCGAGAAACUCAGCCAAGAGGAGCAACAGCACAGGCUAACCAUAGAGGAGAACCUCAAGAAAAUUGAAGCCCUGGUGCUGGAGGAGGCCAAAGCCAAUGUGGCGGGAAAGGUGGCGUCUAAAAAAUGAAUAUUUCUUGCACUUGUAACUUGUAAUCAUAAUGCCUCUCAAGUAACAGACUUUAUUUGAUGAAACCUCAAAACAAAACUGUUGAAAAUAAAACCCACCACUUGACUCCGA